AUGAAUGCUCAGGUCAAGCGGUUCUUGGCAGGAGGAGUCCUGGCUCCGCAGCCGUGGAGCAUGAUGCGGCUGGUUGGUGAGAGAGAUGGUAUGGUGUACAAGGGCGUCGAGGCACAUGUCGCACUCCUCGCUGAUGCGUGGAUGCUCGUCACCGGCCUCGGCUCCUCGAUCAUCCACGGCAUGCCGCAGUCGCUCUCGAGCGCCAUGGCUUCCGACAUCUACGAGCACACGUACAACCUGGCAUUGGGCAUUUCAAGCACGGCGGGCUCGUGGGGAACCUCAGCCCAGUUUGUGGCGGGACUCGGCGUCGGCGGCGGCGGCAGCGCGCUCGCCUCGCCGCUCGCCACUCUCCCGGACGAGAUUGUUGUAUAUCUUAUGGGCUUUCUCGAUCGGACGUCGUAUCGUGCUCUCGCGACGACAUGCUCGCAGAUGUGGCGCAUCGCACACGACCGGCUGUUGCUGCGCCGACUGCUGGCGCUUGAACUGCAGCCCGCGGCUGCCAGCGCCAUCGAGGCCGAACUUGGCGAGAGCGACACCAGCGGCAUGUUUGUUGCAUACACCGCACUCGCAGAUGUGCGGAAGGUCAAGAGUGCCCGCCCAGGAGUGCCGCGCGCGCUCUUCAAGCUCAUCCAGAUAGCAGUCUUUCUCGCCCAGCAUUGCUCGGUUUUCAACUACGACGACAAGCUUACGACAGCCAUCGCCCACUGCAGGGCAACAUGGUCCAAGAGAUGCGAUUCCGUGUUUGGCAUUCGGAAUCCGGUCCGUGCCCUCACCAACAUGGUAACCACACAAGUGCGGAUGGCGCUGGAGCGCGACCCGACGACCAACAUCAUGACCUCCAUCUUGCUGCCGCUCUUUACUGAGCUGCCGCGGCGCAUUGAGGCCGCCCCGCGGCGGUUGACAGACCUGGAGCGCCACAUCGGUCAGCCCGUCGACGCAGUGGCGCCUCUGGUGGCCAGGUCCAGCCCGUGGCUUGUCCGCGACUUUCUCUUCAUUUCGUGCGCCGAGCCGACGCCUAUCGAGCUGGAGACGCUUGCUCGUCAUCUAGUCAUACAGCAAGCGCGACUCGACGCGAUGGGCACGAUUACUUGCAUUCCGUACUCUUUCUUGCCGGGCCUCCACAACGCGAUCUCUGUCUGCCGUGGCAUCGUGGAAGCCCGUGAGCUGGACAACGAGGCCGAGACCGCUCGGCUUGUCGCCCUUUGCAGCGACAUGGCCGAUGCUGCCAAGCGGUACAGCGAGCGCGAGGCAGCGUUCCGGGAAGGCUUUGGCCCCGAACUUGAGCUCCAGCUCAGCUUUCCAGAUGUGCCCAAGUACGCCGUGGUGGACGUCAAGGAGAAGAAGGCGUUUCGAGCGAUUGUGGCGGGAACCUCGAUUCCGACAUGGAUGACCAAGGCUGUGUACGAGUCUAUUUUUGAGGAUGAGCCUGCGGUGAGCGCGGCGACCAUGGGCAAGCUUGUUCACGUCUUUUCCACCAACUCGGUCGGCCGCAUCGCGUCGUCGCCGAUGAUCAACCUCGCCAAGCUCACCGAAGAAGCCGCCACACUCAUCACCUCGCGGGUUGUCGACCGGGCCAAGCUCCGCGACGUCGCCAAGCACGCACUCGACGCCCGCCACGACCUCAAGAUUGUCGGCAUCCGCAACGCGGCCCAGCUCGGCCGGUACAUCAACGACAAAUCGGACCUGCCGUUUGCCGAGAAGCUCAAGCGGGUCGAGGACGAGGCGGCGUCGCUGCUGGCGCUUGUCGCCGGUCCGCGGCUCCGGAUGGAGGCGCUCAUUGCGGUUGGCCUCUACGGUGCUGCGAGAGCCUCGCAGCUGGCUCGCGAAAAGGCGAUCGGCUCGCUGGUGGUGACCAAGCUCUCGACGCGUGGGAACUCGAUUGACUUGCCGCCAGUCCUGCGCUUCCUCGAGCCGGAGAUUACACAGUUUCUGCGGUUUGGUGGGUACCGGUCCAAGUUUAGUCCCGAGUCUUUUGCCCACUGCGCAGCUGUCGUCGAGCACUUUGGGUUGUCUGUUGGCCAGGCUGCGGUCCAGACGGUCCUCGCUGAUGUCGCCUCGCUCGAUAGGCUUCCAUUUGUGUGCGAGGUCAUGACCAUGGCGCAGUGUGCACUCGGCACCACUGACGCGCUCACCAGCUUGGUCAGCCGUCCGCUCAGGGACAUCGAAACCUGGCUGGAGACACCGGAUGCUGCGACAGAGCUGGAGCAGGUAGAGGCCGAAGUUGGCGUCGCCUUUCGCCUUGCCAAGCUCUGGUGUGCGCUACGGUUUCUGGUCCAUGCUGGCCUUGUCGACUCACUGCCUUCUGCCGAAGGCCUUACCACUGUCAUCAACGCCUUUGUGGCCGAGCCCGAGCCCAUGGCUGAUAGCGUGCUGCAGCAUUUGCUGGUGGUGGCCAAAGCAGGCACAGAGCUUGUGCAGGCCAGGCUCGACACCCUCCGCGCCGCUCUACUCCUCCCACCCUGGCUCGGCAUCGAGACCAUGCUCGAGCUCGAGGCGCCGUGGGCCGUCUUGCUCGCCAACGACGAGCCGCUCCCCAGCGACAAUGCCGCCACGCCCGUUCCGCCCGAGCUUGCCCGUCGAAUGCGGUACUGGCCCGACGCAGACGCGCAUUAUGUCGCUCGCCACUGGUCGCAACUCUCACCCGAGGUGUUCUUUGAGCUCGAGCAGAUGCUCACAAGCGCCUGCAAGCUUGGCGAGCGUGUCAGUCACCGCUUGCUUGCGAUCGUCAUAGGUCAGGCAUCGGUCGGCUUUCAUGUCAACGAGCUGUGGCCGUGCCCGAUCUGUGGCAUACACCAUGCCAUCCAAGUCUCGCUUGCCUCGCACCUGCAUGUUGUCCACGGUGUCCAGCUCGCCUCAAGGUGCUCGUCGUGCCUGAGCCCACUCGUUCAUGGAGUGCUUCGGAACGCCCACAACUGCCCAAAGCGAUACAACGUCUGGUGA